UAGAUUUUUUCUUUUCGAGCGCUACAGAAAAUGCAAGAAAAGAAGUAAAACGUGACAUUCAAUCCCAGUUCCAGCAGUGAACAAAUGCAUGUCACCAUGUCAACAAACUGUUGAUCAAAUUCUAUCCAAAAUAGUGCCUGUCGAAAAUUCCUGUCUUGAGUAGUUAUGGGUGCUAAACCUCAGGCCUGCCAACUCGGCCUUGCCUGCCUGCCUGCCUGCCUGCCUGCCUGCCUGCCUGCCUGCCUGCCUGCCUGCCUGCCUGCCUGAAGAAGAUUAAGAGAUUUUCAAAAUCAACAAAAAUGGAUUUUUAAGAGACUAGAAAAUAAAAUCAGACAAAAUGUGUUUACCUGAGAGAAAUUGAUCUCAAAUCCUUUUGACAUACUGUACGUACCUUUAAUGUGCGAAAUGGUGAAGAAAAAUUAAGUUGAGAUUGGAAAUGCAAACUAAAAACGUCUUUGUUUGGGAAAUAUCGAUAGAUGUAAGUAUUUUUAAGUCAAAAACACAAUAGGGUGAACAUGUCAAAAUCUGGUGAGUUGACAGGUCUGAAACCUCUGGACUAGCUGUAUUUUGUGUUUUUAGUGUGACAGAAAUUCAAAGAAAUGUCGAGUUCAAGAUUACAUUUUUUAUUGAAGAGAAGGCUUUGAAUCUUCUUGUGUAAGUAUUGCAUGGAUUACAAUGUUGGGAUAAAUGUUAUAUAUAAAAUGAAACCACCAAUUUGACCAAUUAGGUAAACAAACAUUGAACGGGGGAGGGGGAUUGGACGAUUUUAGCGAAACAUUUUGUGACCAUUUUUUUAUUUAUUGAAAUUAUACUGUAGCCAACAAAAUACGUGCAGUGUCUCAACCAUUUUGCACACGAUAGUAGCUAGAAGGGAGAAAAGUAUAAACGACCGUGUAAACAAAGACAAAGAGGGAAGAAAAACAAAUUGAAAUUACUUGAGACGAUAGCGAUUUUAAAGUUUGCUAGUAUUGAUUUACGAGGUCUGAAUUGGGUAACUACUUUAGUUUUUUAUUAAUAUCUAUAACUGGUUGCAGUGGAAGAGUAGUAAAAGACUCUUUCCUUCAGACAAAAGAAAAGAACAUGUCCCGUACUCUAAUAGUAAACGUUCCCCUUUAGUUAUUUUAAUACAUUUCUUCUUUCACCCCGGUAUAGUACUAUUACUGCCUUGCCUUUAAUUUUGUUUUCAUUAUGAUUUAUGGCAGGUUUUUACCACCAAACUUUCCCAAUGAGAUUCCAGUUGUUACUGUUUCACCUGCCAUAACACAUCCUUGGAUUAAUAACCAGGUGUGUGGCUGUAAAAACUGAAAUAGUCUAAAUAUUAAUGACCUUGAAUAUCGAUAAUAUUGUGUAAUGGGAUGGUCUGGCACAAAAAAAACUCUGAAAGUCAGAGUACACAGUUACGCACUGGCGCAUGGGUAGGGAGAAAAGUGGACAGAUCGUUUAAAUGUCAAAUGAAACGUUGAAGAUGAAAAGGGCCUUCGCUUAAAAUGUCGAAGUUCAACCAACUUCUUGAAUAUUAUUCAACGCGAUAGAAUUAAUUGAGAUAUUGUUAAAAGUGAUUGGUACUGUAUACUGUAUAUUUUACCACGGACCACGUAAAUUAUUUUGAUUUUGUACAACUUACAGAUGGUUGUCACAGGAUGUGAUUCUCUGAACCAAGUAAGAUUUCAGACAGACUGUGCCAAAACAUUUAAAAUUUACGAACAUUUUACUCCUAAAUUAAUCUAAUUUAACCUUUUCUUUUAUUCAAUUACAUGUAGUUUUACAUGCACUCAAAUUUAGGACGAGCUUUACAGGAUGUGUGUAAGGAGUUAAUUGAACACCCUCCUUCAUUUAUUCAGUAUCAGAACCACGCAGCUGUUAGGUAAGCCAGCAUUGAGCCAAUUCCCAUUAUAUCCAAAACCCGCGCGCGGAGUCAUCUUAGAAGUGGUCAGGGGGCAGAUCAUUAAUGAGGUAUGGACUAAUAGCGGCUGCUCAAGCGCCAUUUGUAAGCCCAAAGUCUACCCCGGUCUGCUUCACGUCAGUCCAGUUCUAUCUAUUCACAAUGUAACCAGUCACUGAAAAGCCCUGAUAGGGAGUGUGCUGUGAAAUAUCUGUAUCUAAGUGGGGAGCACCGCCCAAAGGGUCACCUAUCAGUGGCGUACUAACCGUCUUUUUGUUUUGGGGGGGGGUCGAAAAUAUCCAAUGGUACAAUCUAAGAAACAAGCAUUGUUGUUGUUGUUGUUGUUGUUGUUGUUGUUGUUGUUGUUGUUGUUGUUGUUGUUGUUGUUGUUGUUGUUGUUGUUGUUGUUGUUGUUGUUGUUGUUGUUGUUGUUGUUGUUGUUGUUGUUGUUGUUGUUGUUGUUGGAGGGCGGGUUGGAGCCCGGGGAAAAUUGGGAUUCUAAGGUCUCUGCAGCACCAUUUCCUGCAUUCCGAGGCAAUUUUCUACCAAGCCUAAAACUCAAAAGUUAUAAGUUCAUGAUAUUACCUAUACAUGUAUCAUUGGAAAAUGCACUGGCAUUUAUUCAAAACAGUGGCACUUUUUUCAUUUUGAAAAAGAGAGGAGCUGAUUAUAUCUUGAUACUGAAGAUUAAAUUUCAAAAGAUCUACUUACAUGUAUCUCUUAAUCAACAUUUUGAUUUCUUUUUCCCGUGCUUUUUUUCUAAAGUUCACCACAGUCGUAUAUGAGACCUACUGCAGUGGAGGAUAUUCCAUCGUCAGUUUCAACGACACUUGUUGAAACAGAAAUUGAUGAUGACUCCACUUCCAAAGACAAGGUAAAAGUAACAUUUUGUAAAAGUCGUAUUUUUGAUAAAGAGUUUUAAGUAAGGUGCUAGAUCUGUAGACUAUAUUACUUUACUUUGUUCUCAUAUUAGUCUGGCAAAUAACAUAUGUAGCGACGUUUAUAUUUUUUCACUUUCUUGUUUCAGUUGGAAGGUUUCUCAAAAAUCACUCGGACAUUGGACAAUUGCAGGUAGGAAAAUAUACUUGACCUGUCUUGUGCCAGUGUAGGUAGUGUCUUGUGCCAGUGUAGGUAGUGUCGCUGUGCCAGUGUAGGUAGUGUCGCUGUGCCAGUGUAGGUAGUGUCGCUGUGCCAGUGUAGGUAGUGUCGCUGUGCCAGUGUAGGUAGUGUCGCUGUGUCAGUGUAGGUAGUGUCGCUGUGUCAGUGUAGGUAGUGUCGCUGUGUCAGUGUAGGUAGUGUCGCUGUGUCAGUGUAGGUAGUGUCGCUGUGCCAGUGUAGGUAGUGUCGCUGUGCCAGUGUAGGUAGUGUCGCUGUGCCAGUGUAGGUAGUGUCUUGUGCCAGUGUAGGUAGUGUCGCUGUGCCAAUAAUAUAAACAAGCUUUUGUUGGUAGGGAUGCAACUACCUAAAAAAUAUAAGGAGAAUUUCGACGUUUCAAGCUAGUAACUCCAGACGAAAGGCAUUCGCUCGAAACGUCGAAAUUCUCCUUAUAUUUUUCAGGUAGUUGCAUAGCUUGUUAGGAAAAUAUACUGCAUAAACCCUGUACUGGAUGUUAUUAAUAAUACUGCAUGCAUGCACAGUAUAAUACUAUACCGUAUAAUGUAAGGACGUUAUAAUAUUUCGUAACGUUGUUUGUGAUGUUACUCUGAGUGUAUAUCCACACCGGGCAAGCUUGAAAAAUUUGCCUGGCCACGGUGGGAAUCGAGGUGUAGUAUUCCAAAGGUCGUAGGUUCGAUUCCCACCGUAGCCAUGCAGGCAUAUUUUUCAAGCUUGCCCGGUGUGGAUAUACACUCAAGUAACAUCACAAACAUCAUAUUCACCUGAGUACAUAACACCAUGCAACACAAGAAGAAAAAAAUUUCAUAUAUAGGUAAAUUUAAAAGUGAAUUACUGGAUGUAUACUGUACGUUUAAUGUGUUCUAGUGUUGAAGAGCUGAAAGAUUUACAAAAUAACCCCGAGAAAUUGAUGAAACUAAUAUUUGAUGCAGACUUGGUGAGUUUGGUUGUAGUAGAAUAUGAAGCAUGCAUAAAUAAUGAGAAAUGUUUACAGUACAGUACGUGUAAAGGUCAAGAAACAAAUACUGGUUUUGGAAAUACACAACUUUUGGUGAGGUGAAUACAAACGGAUGAGCCAAGCUCGUUCCCGCUUUGGUGUGAGCUUGGUUUUUAGCCAGGUAGAGCACUUUUCUCCCAUGACUCAAUAAAGGAAUACCACUUAUACGCUUUCCGAACGUCUCACAACAUCCCGCGUGCAUGGAUGACGCUAUCCUGUACGGGAAGCCAUUUGGUAAUUGUUUUACAGUUAAACAACGGUUAGCUUUAUUACACCAAUCAAAUCUAGUGUUUUUAAACUUCAUUAUAACGACAGAUUAAUUCCAGUACAAGAAACCGAGAGGAUCAAAUGAUCAGGCUAGAGAAAAUUGCGGGUGAGUUUUAUUUCAUUAAUUUCUCGUGCCGGUUAGGCAUCUAUUGUGCCCUUAUUGGUUUUUUCCCUUCUUUUUCUCUAGGAGAAAACAUUGAGUACGGACCAAAACUAUACGAAGCAAGGCAAAGGCUUGUUGAUAAGGUACAGCUGUAUGAAGUGAUUUAUUGUCGAAAUACGUACAAUACUGGACGUGCAUGACGUUUAUCCUGGAAAUGUAUUAACGACGAAAAGCAUUAUGCUGCGAGUUACAUUGAUAGCCAAUUAUACCCGAAGAUAUCUCAUGCAUGUUUUAAUUUUUGAAUGUUCAAUAUAUAGUACGAUGAACUAUCUCAAUUACGAGAUGAAUUUGAUAAAUGGUCUUCAAUACAAAAUGAUCUUCUCGAGGUAAAAAUGAAAUCAGACUGUUCUGUAUGUUAAUUAGCAAAUCUGCAUGACGUGUAUCCGUGUACAUGCAUGAAUCGUGCGAUACUGCAUAGUUUGGACACGAUUGGUAAAUGUUCUAUUAAACAUGAGUGCAUGUGAAAUGUACCUUUAUACAACCAUGUUUUUAAUAUCGUUCAGACGCACACUCGAGACAAUUUACAUCUUGCUCUGCAACUUGGCGUAUCAGAAAUGGAUGAAAAAGCUGAGGUGAAUCAUUCGAUUGUUCUACUCUUAUUAACGGCUAAUUACAUAUUGAAAUGCUACCAAGAUUCUAGCCAAUCUAGCGUGCAAUUUUAAAACCACCUUUUUUGUUUCUUUCGUAAACAGAAAGUUGCAGAACAGUUUUUAAAUGGUACUGUAUGUUUAUCUUUUUAUUUAUUUGUGAUUUAAGACUUAAGUUUUUGACACUAUACUAAUUAUAUUGUUAUUAUAUGAUUCAUUAAUUUCCAUUUAAUUAACUUUAUUGAUAUACCAUAACGAAUACAUUAAGAUAAGAACAAUAAUAUUGAGAUAUAAAAAGGCCCAAAAAGGAAAGAUGCGAACGAGGUGGUAAAGAAUUAUCACCUGGUUAUUCUAAGUCGGUUCAAAUUUCCUAAUUUAAAAUUUAAUUUCAUAUAUUUAACUGCUAGAAAAUACCUUGGAAAUUGAAGAAUUUAUAAGAACUUUUACAGAAAAACGAAAGGUAUAUGUUGCAUAAGCUUUUUUCUUUCAGUCUAGGAUCAGUAACAUACUAGUAUAAUCCUCUUGAUUGGUUUUUAAAAAAUGCACAAUACGUACAUGCAUGUAAACUGUAUCGUUUAUAUCUGUUUUAGCUAACACAUAUUCGUCACUGGAAACAAGAAAAUGUCCUCAGACUGUGAAAUGUCAUCGCACUCUUCUGUAUCGUCGAAGUGGACAUCGAGAUGCAAGACGUGCAUCGAUAAAUAAAGAACACUUCAAGCUUAUCCAAUUAUGUGUCGCAUUUUGCAGAGUAUAGCAUUAGUGAGCUGUAUAUAUAUCUGGAGCGAGAACUCGAGUCCAAGAAGUGAAGCCAAAGAUGGCGGAGGUUGAAAAGCUAUUGGACGUCAACCCAGUCCCUUUCUACUGUUUUUGUCUGCGCGGUCCGACACGAAGCUGCCAGGAGUGUGCCGAAAUUUCAUAUUUUGACUUUAUAACUAUGAUUUUAUAACUUGAAAACUUGAUUAGCGUUACGGUCCGCUAGAAAAAAAUGAAAUUAGCUAAGAAAAUGGUACAAAAACUGUUUACGACCUUCAUAGCUAUUGGACGUCAAUUCCGUCAUCUCACAGGGUGAAUGACUGAAGGUCUUGCUCCAGAUAUGUAUAUAGAGCUCAAUGCGUACUAUCAGAUCCACUGAUCUUAAUAAAAAGACUGAAUAGCAAAAAUUGAAUAAAAAUGACGUCGGAUGAUCAUUAAUUGAUACACAACAUAGAAACCUUGUUAUAUGACAUAGGGAAAGUGUUCUUACACAGCCAUAUAAAAAAUUUAUAUCUGGUAGAUCUUUUCAUGAUACUAAUUCUGCCAGUGCAUGUAAUCUUUGAGGAUGAUUCCAUAAUAUCAAGACGAAUUAUAUUGAACAUUUUCUAUAUUUAUUUCAUUAUUGUACCACUUAUACUGUAUCCGUCCGUACGAGGUGGACCAUUAGAAAAGUGAUUGAGGAGGAGGGUGGAUUUUCAGCUUGCACGAAUUUUUUGCGGACGCCUUGCACGGCCUUGUGCUGAAAUUUUUUUGCGGAAUUUUGCACGAAUUAUUUUUCCUCUUGGUUUCCUUUGCGCGACUUUUUCUCUUCCCCCAUCCACUAUCACUUUUCUAAUUGUCCGCCCCUAAGUAACUAUAAGUACGUUUUAGUUCUAAUUUCAUUAUUUAUACUGAAAAUAUGAUAACAGACAUGGUCAAGUAUUUUUGCUACGAUCAAAUGUAUUUUUCUACGCGUAGUUUUUAUAGAAAAUAAUAUAUUUGUAAUCUUUUAACAAAUAAUCUUUUAAAAAAUAAAUACCUGGUAAAAUACUGUAUAUAGGACACGUCUGAGCUUCGUCCAGAUCAGAGCCUGUGGAUUGCUAAUGAAAAUCUUUCGUGCCUAUUAUUGAUUAUUUCUGUCAAUUGAAUGUCAGUGAAGUAUUAAGUAAUAUACUUUUUGGUUCAUUUUCUGUUGAAAAAUUUCACUACAAAAUUUCCGUAUGGUUACAUGUUUUUCUUCAUUAAUAUGAGUACUAUACGUUACGAAAUUCUUGAUUGAAACUAGUUCCUCGACCAGCUAUUUUAUCUGUAUGAUUGACAAUUUUCAUGUGUAUAAUUACCACAGCGGCCUUUUACCAUAAAUAUUUACAACUUUUUUUCUUCCUGCUUUCUCUCUAGUUGUCUUUUUUGUAACCUUGCAUGGUGUGGAGUAGACAUGAUAUUCCUCUCGACCAAAAUAGCCGUUUUUUCAAGCUGUCGUUAGCAGUAACUUACACUUCAAACAAAAGUGUCGUCGCAACAUCAUGGAAAUCAAAUUUGGAGAACAAAAUCCCGAACAUGGAUGUCUUCAAGAGAGCUCAUCCCUGCAGAUAUCGAAGUGACGAAGGUAUUAUUCGCAACUGCAAUGCCAAUGCAAUGGUCUGGCCACUUUGUUCAAAUGGAUAAUGCAUUCACGACAAGAACGAUAGCCGUACUUGGGAGAAAUUGACAACUGCCAGGCUAGACCACACUGGAGAAAAAGUGUACAAGAAGUCAUCAUGAAGUUUGAAAGAGUUGGAGAGAACAGCAUUGUGAGGAAACGCUUAAUUUACGCCGCAAGCUAGGACCCGGUAACUGACACCAGUUUUUUGGUGGUUUGCGAUCGGCCUUCUUGACCUGCAUGACUGGAUUCACCAAUUCCUUCUAAUGAACCAAAAUGGAUUUAUUCGAAAACGAAUCAGCAUCCAUCACAUCAGUGCAAAAAAUAAUUAAAUAAAAAAAUUACUGUAAAUUGUAAGCCGUUUUAUUUUACGCAUCUUUGUUUCUUUUUGGUGCUGAGGCGUUCAGAUUCUAGCAGUGCGUUGUUUCAGUGGUUUUGGUUUUUUGGGACACCCUGUACAGUACACUGUGACUUUAAUUAAAAGGUCUAUGUUAGGAAGAGGAGGGGCACCAUGCAAUGGACUUUACGUUCAGUUUGUGCCUUGUCCGUUUGAGUACAGCACUUUUUAAUUGCAUGUUUAGAUGAAUAUUUGUUGAAUUAAUUUGUACUCAAUAAAGUUUAACAAACAAGGCCUUUCACGAAGCCUCUGAAGUUAGUGAAGUA